CCGAGGUCAGCGAGUUCAGCCCCUUGUCUCCAGCCGCUCGUUCAGUCCCGACCCAGCUCAGCAUGUCGCUCCACUUCGGCUCCCAGGUCUUCAGCUCGCGCUCCGCCGCCUUCCCGGGCCGCGGCCCCCAGGUGCGCCUGAGCUCCGUGCGCCCCGGCGGCUUCGGCAGCAGCAGCAGCCUCUAUGGCUUGGGCGCCUCUCGGCCUCGAGUGGCCGCGCGCUCGUCCUACGGGGCUCCGGUGGGCACCGGCAUCCGCGCGGUCACCGUCAAUCAGAGCCUGCUGACCCCGCUGCAGGUGGACAUCGACCCCGCCAUCCAGCAGGUGCGCCAGGAGGAGCGCGAGCAGAUCAAGACCCUCAACAACAAGUUCGCCUCCUUCAUUGACAAGGUGCGGUUUCUGGAGCAGCAGAACAAGCUGCUGGAGACCAAGUGGGCGCUGCUGCAGGAGCAGAAGUCUGCCAAGAGCAACCGCCUCCCGGGCAUCUUUGAGGCCCACAUUGCUGGCCUGCGGAAGCAGCUGGAGGCCCUGCAGCUGGAUGGGGGUCGCCUGGAGGUGGAGCUUCGGAACAUGCAGGAUGUCGUGGAAGACUUCAAGAAUAAGUAUGAAGAUGAAAUUAACCGUCGCACGGCUGCUGAGAAUGAGUUCGUGGUGUUGAAGAAGGAUGUGGAUAUUGCCUACAUGAACAAGGUGGAGUUGGAGGCCAAGGUGGAUGCCCUGAAUGAUGAGAUCAACUUCCUCAGGACCCUCUAUGAGCAGGAGCUGAAAGAGCUGCAGUCUGAGGUCUCAGAUAUGUCCGUGGUCCUGUCCAUGGACAACAACCGCUCCCUGGACUUGGACAGCAUCAUUGCUGAAGUCAAGGCCCAGUACGAGGAGAUCGCCAACCGCAGCCGGGCUGAGGCCGAGACCUGGUACCAGACCAAGUUUGAGACCCUCCAGGCCCAGGCUGGGAAGCACGGGGACGACCUCCGGAAUACCCGGAAUGAGAUUGCGGACAUGAAUCGGGCUGUCCAGAGGCUGCAGGCUGAGAUCGACAGCAUCAAGAACCAGCGCGCCAAGUUGGAAGCUGCCAUUGCUGAUGCUGAACAGCGUGGGGAACUGGCUGUCAAGGAUGCCCGCGCCAAGCAGGAGGAUCUGGAGGCUGCCCUGCAGAAGGCCAAGCAGGACAUGACCCGGCAGCUCCGGGAGUACCAGGAGCUCAUGAAUAUCAAGCUGGCCCUGGACAUCGAGAUUGCCACCUACCGCAAGCUGCUGGAGGGCGAGGAGAGCCGGUUGACCGGAGAUGGAGUGGGAGCCAUGAACAUCUCUGUGGUCAGUUCCAUGGGUGGUUCUGGUAGCCGGCUGACCUUUGGGGGAACCAUGGGCAGCAACGCCCUGAGAUUCUCCAGCGGUGGAGGGCCUGGGACCCUCAAGGCCCACUCCAUGAGGACCACAUCCGCCACCAGCAGGAGCACCCGCAAUUGAGCCCUGGGUGUGGGGAGAUACAUAUCCCCUCCUCCCAUAGUCACAAGGGGACCCCCAACCCUGGUCCCACCCCUCAUCCCAAGAACUGCAAGACAGUUUGAAAAAAAAGAAUAGCUUCCAAUAAAGCAGCUGCUUUCUGAGGCCUGGAUGAACCCCUGCCUGGCACCUGGUAUCCUGGCUUCAUUAGGCCCCAAGGGGAAGGUGUGGUGAGAGAGGGGCUCUAGAGAGCACUGGGAGCACACACUGGUGACAUAUAGGGGCGCUGUGCAAAGCAAACUGGCUCUUACCCAGAGGGAGGCCGUGGCCCCUCUCAAGGCUGGGGCUGAUUCCAGCUCCUCUCCUGAACAAGCCAGAAAGCCCUGGAAGUUCUGGUUCUGCCAGGAAGUGGGUACUGGACUCCUCUCCUGCUGAGGGGGUGGGAGGGCUGUUUGCACACCCCCUCCCCCUGCCAAUGCCCUGUGCUGUCAGAGAACAUUCCUUAGUGGUGAGAAGACCACAAACAUUUAGCUGCCCCGGGCCUGGGUUUCGGGUGGACCAGCCAACUGGCAAUUCAGCCCUUCCUGGUGCUAAGUCGGCCGGGCUCUGGGCUCUGGAUGGUGUGUGUCUGAGGUCCUGGAGGGGUUCUGGGAUUCUGUGGAAGUGACGGCAGUGGGAGGAGGUCUGUGUGCAUUUGGGAGGACUUUAGAGUGAGGGGGUCCCAGAGUCUGGA